UCUGCAACACAUAUCGCAAAAUCGUGGAAAUUCCAAGAUCGAAAAGAUGAAGCUUGUAACCCAGUUCUUGUUUUGCUGUUUCUUCAUUGUUCUCGUUUUGCAUUCAUCCCGGCCUGCAACAUCUCAAGAAGUUGAUGAUGAACGAGAAUUUGACUACAGUGAGAAAAGUGGAAAGGGACCGUCUCAAUGGGGAGAGAUUCACCCUGAAUGGAGCCUGUGCAGAGAUGGAUCAAUGCAAUCUCCUAUUGAUUUGCUGAACGAAAGGGUGGAAAUAGUUUCCCAUUUAGGGAGACUUAAUCGGAAUUACCGUCCCUCUAAUGCCACUCUAAAAAAUCGAGGCCAUGACAUGAAGCUGGAAUGGGUAGGCGGCGCAGGAUAUAUUGAAAUAAAUGGUACCCAAUAUGUACUCCGGCAAAGCCAUUGGCACUCACCCUCUGAACACACUAUCAAUGGCCGGACGUUUGAUCUAGAGGUGCACAUGGUCCAUGAGAGUUCCGAUGGAAAAGUUGCAGUGGUUGGAAUUAUGUAUACGAUUGGACGCCCUGAUUCUUUCUUGUCAUUGAUGAGGCAUCACUUGUCAGCCGUUGCCAGUAGCAGAGAAGACGUGACAGCGGUCGGAAUCGUCGACCCAAAGAACAUAAAGAUAGGCAGUAGAAAGUAUUACAGAUAUAUUGGGUCCCUUACAAUUCCCCCUUGUACUCAAAAUGUUGUAUGGACCAUCGUGAGAAAGGUGAGGACUGUUACACGAGAACAAGUUAGGUUGCUCCGCGUGGCCGUUCAUGAUGAUUCAGAAACAAAUGCAAGACCACUACAACCAAUAAAUAGGCGCUCAGUGCGUCUUUAUAGACCAAGUGAAUUUGAAGAUUAAAUUCUUAUCUUUUACAGCUCGAAUGCAACCAUCAACCUAUGAAAUGGCGUGUUGGUUUCCUUUGUUAUACAUUGUUUAUGGUGUUGAUGGAACAUAGGAUAGAAUUGAGGCUUAGAACUAAAUUGAGGAUUAGAACUUGGGACGGAUUACAAUAUACAUAAUGUAUUAAAUUUAUUUCCUUUGUUAUACAUUGUUUAUUCUUUGAGAGCA